CCUAGAAUUCGUUAAUAGGCCACUGUGUCAACAAACCGGGUGAGAUAACAGAAGACAAGUGAACAGAUUUCAUAUAAUAGUUAAUUCAGACAUGAUGUAGAUAACACAAGAACAUUGGACCUGUUGUGUGCCUGGGGAUGAACACGAAAGUCACAAGGAAAAGGAAAGGAUCUUGGAUUUGAGAACACUCGCCAGAAGUGAGGAAAGGCUCCAUUAAAAAUGUAAAUAUGAAUACUCCAUGGCAAGGGUUGUCUCUCUCGCCGCUUCUGCCUCAAGUUAAAAGGCUGGAAAAAUGAGUGCCGUCGGGCUCUCUGGAGCGGGGCUUUCCCAAAGGCCUUGACAUGAAAUCCCUGAUGCUCCGCUGGCUUUGCCUGGUCACUCUGAGCCUUCCUUUGCUGUUAUGGUUUGUGCAUGUGAUCACACGGGACGGUCCAUCGCCUCCUGUGCAAAGCACCGGGCUAAGGGGCUACAUGAGGAUCAACCCCGGCAGGAAGGAGCAGUUUCUGGACAUACACUGCAGCCACUGUGCCUUGGUCUCCAGCUCAGGUCAGAUGCUCGGUGCCGCCGCUGGUGAAGAGAUUGACAAGAUUGGAUGCGUUUUCCGAAUGAACAAUGCACCCACACAGGGAUAUGAGAAGGACGUUGGGAGCCGCACCAGUAUCAGGGUUGUGUCUCACACCAGUGUGCCCCUGUUGGUAAAAAAUGAGCACUACUACUUCCAGCAGUCGGCAGACACUACGUAUGUGUUCUGGGGUCCUGACAGGAACAUGAGGCAAGACGGGAAAGGACGCAUAUUUAACGCUCUCCUGAAAAUAGCAAAGAAAUAUCCAAAGGUCAGAAUCUACGCCGUGACCAGAGAGAAGAUUCAGUACUGUGACAGUGUGUUUCAGAAUGAAACUGGAAAAAACAGAAUGAAGACGGGGGCAUUUCUCAGCACUGGAUUUUUCACAAUGAUUCUGGCAAUAGAUAUGUGUGACACAAUCCAUGUCUAUGGGAUGAUCGAUGAUAACUUCUGCAGCCGGGCCAAUCACAGUGUUGUUCCUUACCACUACUAUGAGCAAAACCGGAUCAAUGAGUGCAGGAUGUACAAGGUCCACGAGCACACGCAACGCGGGGGCCAUCGCUUCAUCACCGAGAAGGCCAUCUUUGCCAAAUGGGCAACACGGCGUAAAAUCGAGUUUAAACACCCCUCUUGGAGCCUCUGAGGAAAGAGAUCCUGACGCCCAGAAGAUGUUCCUUGGCUGUACAGUGGUAUUCACUUUUUCUGGCUUCUGCUCCUCUCUGCUGAAGAUUUUAAUGUUGCUGGAACUUUAUCAAGCACAUAAUAUGCUACUGACGGACUCCAGCUUUCAUUUGGAAUUGGACUUUUUUUUAUCCACUAUCAGCGAUUUGAUGCUGGCUCAUAGUGGAAAAAAUAUCUAUUACCAUAGAUAUAAAAAGAUACAUUUUAUUUCUAUGCUUAAGGAAAUUGAAUUUACCAGCAUUUAAGUGGUUACAGGUUUUAAUGUACCACCCUCAGUAUUAUGGAAUAUUUCUAUAUAUCAGUGUAGAUACUGAUAAAACAUAAUAAGCCACUAAACUAGACACUAAACCAGUUUAUACCAAAGCUUACACUUUUUUAUUUUCUUUAUACCUGUGCCUUUUGGCCUCCUUUGGCCUCAUUUUAUUGUGCAAUUCGGCUGGUGUAAUUUAAAGCUACAAUAUGCACCUUUACUCUAUGAGACAGAAAGUGUCCUGGAACUAAUUAUUAUUUUCAUUCGUGAUAAACCUGGUGUUUAUUCAUUUUCACAAUUAAUUCAUUAAUCUCUUCUCAAAAAAAAAUUAAAUAAAUGCCCAGUGCUCAAGUUUCCAUAUUUAAAUUACAUUUAAAUUACUUGUUUUAUUCAACCACUGGUCCAAAACCCAAAGUUAUUCAAUCAUAAAAGAUUAAGAAAACCAGAAACAACCAGAGCAAUUGUGCAUGAAAAAUGACUUAAAUGAUGAAUUAGUCCUCCAAAAAGGUUGUAAUUAUUCUUCUGUCUCAUUGACAAAUCCUUCCAGUCCCAGUAUUGUUUUCCUUCCUGCCAUUUGGUCAGUAAUUUUGCCUCAAAACAUGACAAUCCUAUGAAUGAUCUGCCUGCCUUGAAGCAGAGUAAAGAUCAAAGCUGAAGUAAACCAGUGUCCAUGGACAGUCUGCAAUUUUAAAAAGAAAAAACACUGAUAAUGUCAAUCAAGUGUUGUUUGUGGCACAUUUCAUUUUUCUUUCCUCCAGUGUUUUUCGAUGCUGUGGCUGCUCAUAUACCAGACAAGCAACAAAUGAACAAAUGAUCAUGCUGGAUACAAACGCAGAUUCAGGCUAUUACUUUAUUCUUUAUCAACUACUUGCUGUUAGAUACUGUAGCUUUAAGCUGUUUACUUGCCCUUACUACAACCUUAAGCAAAACAAAGGCUCAUGUUAAUGUCUGUUGUAUGUUUCCAUAAAGUCCUUUGUGCCAUUUAACCUAAACAGUGUAGUGUAGGUGGCCCCAGUGGUUUAACCUGGGUGAUGGAGCCUUGUGUCAUUGUUGUUGUUUUGGUCCAUCAUUUCAUGUAUGAAACACACACACACACACAC